CACAAUCUUCAAUAUCUAUCCAAAAAAAUAAAAAAAGCUACCUAAGUCAGUGAGUCAGUAUCAGUCCCACUUUGAUCUAUAGCAUGGCUGAUUAUCAUUUUAACGUUUCCCCAAAUGACAAUUCUCCUCCUUUAGAAAAUCUUUCACCCACUGGGGGCACCUUAUUAUCACCUCGUAGGCAUCCGAAUUUCAGAGGAAUUCGACAGAGGAAUGGGAAAUGGGUCUCCGAAAUUCGUGAGCCUCGAAAGACUACACGUAUAUGGUUAGGAACUUUCCCCAAUCCCGAAAUGGCAGCUGUCGCUUAUGACGUUGCAGCUUUGGCAUUAAAAGGCCCUGAUGCCCAAUUAAACUUUCCUGAUUGUGCAUACUCGUACCCUAUCCCUGCUUCUCUGUCAGCCGCAGAUAUUCGUGCUGCGGCUGCAAAUGCUGCUGCUGCUAGAGCACCUCCUUUGUCAGAAUUCAGUACAGCUGGAGGUACUGCAGCAGCAGCAGCGGGAGGUGGGCAAGAGUUUGUGGAUGAAGAAGAGAUAUUUGGAAUGCCGAAAUUGCUGGAUGAUAUGGCAGAGGCAAUGCUUGUUAGCCCGCCAAGGAUGCAUCAAUCAACUUCUUACGAUGAAUCACCUGAAAACUCUGAUGCGGAUAGUCUUUGGAGUUACCCAUAAAAGUAUGAGUAAAAUAUGGCCCCCCCUUGUGUACAGUCCAGAAACUAGAAUAACGGAACCACUAUUUAUAAGUUAGUGGGGUUUGCAUUAUGUUUUUGUUUGUUAUGGUGUUUAUUUUGGUAAAACAAAUAGUCCUUUCAGCAGUAGUUUCUAGAAAGGACAUGUCAUUGGAUUUCAAGAAACAGUAUGUGUUUUAGAAGCAAGAAGUUACUUUACUUUUAUUGAAAACAAUGAAUUUGACUUUCUAAAAAAUCAUUUUUUUUUAACAAGUCAAAGAAAAUUGUUUUCAUGUUUUGAGUAACAUAUACACCCCAUAUAUUUGUUGGUGUGUGGACUCUCUAUAUAGGUGAGAAGUCUUUUUUUCUUGUGAUAAUAAGGGCUAAUUAGAAUCAUUUUGUCUUCUAAGUUCCAACCCAGAGAUUUAAUUAGAUGGGGUCAAGGAGAGCUUGUUCUGAA